AUGGUACAAAAUGUGAUUUUGGUGUUUUUCCGCAGGCGACUCAGCCAAAGACCUGCUGUUGAGGAGCUAGAAAGAAGAAAUAUACUUAAACAACGAAAUGAUCAAACAGAACAGGAGGAAAGAAGGGAAAUCAAACAGAGACUGACAAGAAAGCUUAACCAGAGACCUACAGUUGAUGAACUAAGAGACAGAAAAAUCCUGAUUCGGUUCAGUGAUUACGUGGAAGUGGCAAAAGCGCAGGACUACGACAGGCGAGCAGAUAAACCGUGGACAAGACUAUCAGCAGCAGAUAAGGCAGCCAUUCGGAAAGAGCUAAAUGAAUACAAAAGUAAUGAAAUGGAGGUACAUGCAUCAAGCAAACACUUGACAAGAUUUCACAGGCCAUAGAAAUUUUCUUCUGAGAAGAAUCUCUCUCUACUUUUUGAUAUUGCUGCUGAACACGCAUCAGGGAACAUAUUUUUCCCUAAAGUUCAGUCCGGGAUACCUGGAUGUUUAUGUGAAAGAAGGACUCGCAGGUGAAGUCUCUGCAGCACUUACGGACAGGAAGGAACACCGGAGACGUACUUCGCUCUGAAGUCAGAGGAGCGAUGGCCUGUGGAGCGGGGCGAUCUGCUGAAAAAGGCUGGAGUAAAGCUACUUGAAAGAACCUGCUACUCUCCUUUCACACGUGUUUUAAACUGUUUGGCAGUCUCUCUUGGAAAAGGAGAUGUUGUGCAUGUACAGGCUUUACCAUUCCAAGGCCUCUGACAUAAACGGACAUGACACACUGUCAUUCAGUAUUAUGUUGACAAGACAUUUUGAACUUACCACAGAUAGUUUGUAAAACACUUAAGUUCAUGUUCUAAAAACUAAUUUAAUGUAUUAUAAUUUCAUUCUUUUUUAUAUAAUGUCUAACAGAAUCACAGCUGCAAGCAUUUUUGAUUCCUGUUACUUUUGUUCUUUAAUUAAACGACUACUUAUUGCAGGAAA